AUGAAGUUUCCAAACUCUAAGGUAUUUAGGGAGGCAUUGAGGGAAUAUGCUAUAAACAAGCCAGUAGAUAUUAAGUUCAAGCUGAAUGAGAAGAAAAAGAUAUCAGCUUAUUGCAUAAAUGAAUGUGGAUGGAGGUGUUAUGCAUCUCAACUACCUAGGGAGUUGACAUUCCAAAUAAAAACAUUCAAUCCAGAGUGCACCUACCCUAGAUCCUUUAAACACAACCAAGUAACUGCAAGUUAUGUUGCAAAGAAGUUUAUGCAGGAGUUUGACAAAAAUCCCAAUUGGAAAGUGGCUAAUGUUCAACAUCAUGUGAAGCAAGCACUUGAAGUUGACAUAAGUUAUAGUCAGGUGUAUAAGGAAAAAAGGAAAGCUACUGACUUGAUUACUAGGGUUGAACAGUUGCAAUAUAGGAAGCUUAAAGAUUAUGCAGAGAUGAUAAGAUUGACUGAUAAAGGAAGUGGGGUUAUUUUGCAAACUAAAAUGGAAGAUGAAAAUGCACAGCCCAAAUUUAAGAGAAUGUAUAUAAGGUAUAAUGCACAAAAAGUUGGUUUUUUGGGAGGUUGUAGACCAAUCAUUGGUUUAAAUGGGUGCCACUUGAAAGGGAGAUUUAGGGGCCAAAUACUUUUUGCCACAGCUAGAGAUGCAAAUGAUAACAUUUUCUCAGUUGCAUUUGCUGUUGUUGUGUAA